AUGGCUGGCCCUUCAACAAGUUGUGCUUUCAUGGAGCUCGAAGAAAUACAAGUUUUAAAUGAAGUUUUAGAAGACGAAAGUGUAAGUGAAUAUACUUCGGACGAUGAUGGUGUAUUUGACAAUGAUUAUACACAGUUUGUGACUCCUGGAACUCACGUGAUUAGUGAUAGUGAGAGUGAUAAUGAUAGUGAGGAAAUACAGGAAGAAAUCGUACACGUAGGAUUGGGAGGGGUGUCCAGUAAGUUUGUGUGGGAAAAUAUAGACUCAUUUCCUGCAUCACGAGAAACAUUUUGUAAUGUAUAUGGUCCCCAGUUCGACACUGCUGGACUAGAUGUCGUGAGUUCAUUCGAGAACAUUUUUGAUGUACCUCUUGUACAGCUGAUUGUAGAGCCUACCCUUAAAUCUUACUACGCAAAGAACCGGUUGCUGUCCACCCCGUUUUUUCCUGAGACUUUACCUCUGGAAAGACUAGAGGUAAUAAACAAAUUUAUGCAUUUUGUAGAUAAUAGUAAGGAACAUGAAUAUCAAGGACCUCCCAAACUUUUCAAAAUUUAUCCAGUCAUUCAGCACCUAAAUAACAAGUUUCAAAAUUUAUAUCUUCCAUCCCAGAACAUUUCGAUAGACGAGUCCUUGACUCUGUGGAAAGGUCGUUUGUCUUUCAAACAAUACAUUCCCCUCAAGGCUGCUCAAUUGGGCAUAAAAACGUUUGAACUAUGCGAGUCUAGCUCUGGCUAUGUGUGGUCUUUUCUCGUGUAUACUGGAAAAGACAUGGAACUGACGAAUCAGUUUGUGACUGCAGAAACAAGCAAAACUGCAGUAAUUGUAGUCAAACUGUUAGAACCUCUUCUUGGUCGUGGACACACAGUGUGGAUGGACAAUUUUUAUAAUUCACCACAUUUGGCUCGGUUCUUAAAGUCUAAAAAAACAGACUGUGUUGGAACUUUACGUCCUAACUGGAAAAAUGUCCCUCCUGCAGUGAAGAAUAUGAAAUUGAAGAAAGGAGAGCACUGUGGUCAACACUCUGGAGAUGUGGCAGUUCUCGCGUGGCAAGAUAAGAGGCGAGUCACCAUGAUAUCUACAUACCACAAACAUGAUAUCUGUGUGACUAUAAAUACAGCAAAGCAAGAACAAACAAAGCCUGUGGUUGUUCGUGACUACAACAAACACAUGCUGGGAGUGGAUAUGAAGGAUCAGAUGCUCCAGCCUUACUUGCUAGAGCGAAAGAGAGGAACAAAGUGGUACAUGACAUUGUUCAAGAGACUACUCAAUGUAGCAAUACAUAAUGCAAUGGUCAUGUAUCGGUGUGUUCCAAAUAACAAAAACAUAGACACCCUAAGAUUCAGAAUUUCAUUAGCCCAAGGCCUCGUGGAAAAACACGGUCCUGGUGUUCCGCGUCCUGUAUUCGGCCGUCCGUCACUUGAGCCCCCACCUAAGAGACUCUCAGAACGACAUUUCCCGGACCGUAUUCCUCCCACAGCAAAGAAGGCAAGACCUCAAAGGAAAUGUGUGCUGUGUACGAAACACGGAAAGAGGAGAGAUUCUAAAUAUUGGUGUAGUAAAUGUGGGGCAGCGUUGUGUAUAGAAGGAUGUUUCAAGAACUACCACACAAAACUAAACUUCUAA